AUAAGAGCCGUGGCAGGACGCCAGGCAGGGCUGGAGGAUGUGCUGCAGCUCCGCUGUGCCGCGCACGGCCGGGCCGCAUCCCGCAGGCACCGAGCAGUGAAAGCAUCCAUCGCCGCGGGGAAACGUGCUGGAGCCGGGGAGGAAAGGGAGCGCAUCCGUGUGCGGGUAGCCAGUGUGAAGAUGAGCUGUGAAGAGAUCGCCGUGUGUGCAGUACGGCUCAGAGAAAACCUCUGCCUCUAUUUUGAAGAUGAUGAGCUGGAAUGUGAUGCGUUUUGUAAGGAAAAAACUAUCAAACGAUUCUUUCGAAAUGUCAAUAGCCAAUUGCUUGUGGUUCGUCCAGAUUUAAACAUGGCAGCUUUUGAAGAUGUAACAGAUCAGGAGGUGAAAUCUGGCACUGGAAUGUACUUCAACAUUCACUGUUACAAGACCACCGCGCCUUCAGCAGGGAUGCCUGUUGCAUUCAGCGUCCAGGUAGAAGAUAAGAGUUACUACAUGUGCUGUGAGAAAGAGCAGGGGAAAAUGGUUGUUCGAUUUAGGGAAGGAGAAGUUCCCACAGACAUUCCUGGUGAAAGUAACAUCAUAUUUUUCAAAAAGACAUUUACAUCUUGCAGCUCCAAAGCUUUUAAGUUUGAGUACUCACUUGAACAAGGAAUGUUCUUGGCCUUUGAGGAAGAAGACUCCUUAAGAAAAUUAAUUUUAAAGAAACUGCCGAGAGAAGAUGAAGUCGAUGAAACCACAAAGUUUGUAACGAGUCGUAAUGAAAGGCACAACCUAUGAUAUAUUUCUACACUCUUAAAAUGUAAUUUGGCUUUUUAUGAAAGAAGUCUAAUUCAUUCAAAAUCCAAAGGAAGACAAUUGUAUAUUUAGUAUAUUUACAUAUAGCCAGCUACAGUAAGAUAGUCCAAAAACGAGCAUCUUCAAAUGCAAAACAAAUGCAAGUUGUUGGGGAAAAGCAAUAGAAGAAUGUUUUCUAGCAAAUGACAGCAAAGAGAAUUACGAAGUGUAUAAACAAGAACAUGCAUGUGUUCAUAAUCCUGUACAGUUUGAUCUCAAACAUCUUUAGAGCUUGUUGAACAAACAGUUUUGAGGUAAAUGUCUCAUACAUGGAAAAGAUCUGUUUGAUUUUGAUUGGGGAAGAUGUUUGAUCUUCCCCAUCUGGGGAUGGAGAGAAAACAGCUGAAAAAAAGAAAACUGCACAUUUCCUAUGCCAGAUCGUGAAUCUUGCCAAUAAACGUCAUUACCUUUUUUAUUAUUUUUUUACAUUA